AAAAAACUUAAAACUGCUAAAAACUACACCCCAGAUCAUCUUUGAAAGGAGUCUCCAUCAGAAUCCAUCGCUCGGCUUGGGCCGCUCAGACUCAGGACAUGGAGAUAAUCUGACGGCAAUCAGGCCACAGGAUUGGCUUCUCAAAGAGCGGAGAGGGAACGACAACGUCAGAGGUCUGGAGAGUGAUGUCAGAAAUGUCGACAACUGCAGGAGUGGACCUUUUCCCUUCUGAGGUUGGAGCCACCGGCAGCUCCUCUCCACUUCUAAAGGCCCUGCUAUGACCAUCACCCUGAGUGAAUGUACUCAUGGCGUUCCCUGUAGGACUAGGAGGGGGAUCUCUGAUGGAAUACAUAAAAGCGCCCAGAGCAAAAUACACAAUUGUUGGAGAAGCUAUACGAUACAUCAUCCCCGAACAUAUGCAAUGCUCAAUCGGCUGUGGAGGAGAAGAUUGCAAGUAUGACAACCCAAACUACUGGAGUGAGGAGCAGCAAGCGAUAAAAGGCCUCUAUUCAUCCUGGGUCACUGACCAUCUUCUUGCUAUGUCCAGACCUUCAACAGAGAUCAUUCAGAAGUACAACGUUAUUGAUCAGUUUAUAAGGAAUGGCAUCAGAACAGUGAUUAACCUACAGUUACCUGGAGAACAUGCGAGCUGUGGAAAGCCUCUGGAGCCAGAAAGCGGAUUCUCAUACCGCCCUGAGGUUUUCAUGGAAAACAACAUUUAUUUCUAUAAUUUUGGCUGGAGUGACUACGGAGUGAGCAACCUCUCCACCAUUCUGGACAUGGUGAAGGUGAUGGCCUUUGCCCUGCAGGAGGGAAAGGUAGCGGUCCACUGUCAUGCCGGACUCGGCAGAACAGGUGUGCUCUUGGCGUGUUUCUUGACCUAUACCACCAGGAUGACUGCAAACCAAGCUAUUUUAUACGUCCGUGCCAAACGGCCCAAUUCCAUCCAAACCCGGGGUCAGCUGCGAUGCAUCAGAGAGUUUGUCCAGUUUCUUGUCCCUUUAAGAAGUGUUUUCUCCUGCUCCAAGCCUAAGGUCCACUCCGUAACCCUUGCCCAGUAUCUUAACCGUCAGAGACACGUCCUGCAUGGCGUUGAGAGAAAGGAACUGAGGCACCUACCCAAGAUCAUUCAUCUAGUUUGCAAACUCUUGGUGGACAUAGCAGAGAACCGGCAGGUGAUUGAGGAAGACAUCCUUGAAGCCCCUGAUAUUCAGGAAAUUGAAACGACUCUCAGUCUCAUUGAGAAUAUGGGGCCUGAAACAUUUGCAAAGGAGCCCCGCUUACCCGGUUCCCCCACCUUACCCAGGCAUUACAAUGAGCCUGCCAUCUUCUACCACCGCAAAAGUCUGAGCUACAGCGAGUCUGACUUGAGACGGCUGGGCUCACAGCUAAACCUUCUCACACAAUCUCUGACCUCCGUCUCCAAAUCGGACAGCGCUCUCCCCUCAUCCCAGGGUCAAGGCCAGAACAUCAACGCGUCAGAUGUCUCUAACCGCUUGGCAGGCUCGCUGUGGCAAAUCAAGAAUGAGCAAAGCCAGAAAGAUGGAACUAUCAUAGUGAAGAAACUGAAAACGAAAACCAUCCAUCGCAGCGAAUCAGUGGGAAAUGACAAACCAACCAAAAAAGGUAGCAUGCUGACCAGGUGGAAGACAGAGCAGAGAGAAGAGCUGGCGAUGAAUGGGGUAAAGUCUCAAGAUAAGGAAAACGAGCAAUCAGAGGUUCCCUACAUCACCCUGCAGUCUGAGCUGUCUCUGGAAGCCAGGAGGAUGCUGGUGGCCCAGGCACUCGCAGUGGACCUUUUUGUUGAUGGGGAAGAAGAGCACAAGACCAAAGUACUGGCAUGGCAGGCGGAGCUGAAUCAAGGCUGUGCGUGGGAGAGACUGUGCACAGAGCGUGACCCGUUCAUCCUGACCGGAAUAAUGUGGGCAUGGCUGGAGCAGCUUAAAGAGCCAAUCAUCUCCGUCCAAGAUGCCAACACCCUUAAUCCAGACGUCGUUGAUGCAAAAGCUGUCCUCAGCACACUCGGCCAGGCACCUAAAGAAACAGUAACGUGCAUACUCAACUGCAUGGCUCAUAUGAUGAAAAUAUCAGAGCAGGUUGAAGAUGCUUUUCUGAAUAGAGCUAUCAAGGCUUUCACCUGGAUCAACAUUAAUUCAGAGGAGGGGAGCAAGCUGUACGAGCCUAUGUCAACCGUUCUGAGGCGUGUUCUGCUGGACCUGAGAACUGUGGCUAUCGAGGAGGAGGAGGAGAGAGCCAAACCUUCACUCCCCGUAGCAUGACUGCAGCCAGUCUUACAUGAAAUAGAUACUUCUGU